AUGUCUACCUUACCACCAGGGACCGCGCCUAUCAAGCCACAAUACCUUCUUUCGACGAAACCACAGGCAAUCCCGGACGACGAUGCUGCCGAGGGCACGACGUCGAUUGUAAAAAGUGCAGGUCGUGGAGAAGAUGAUUCCGGGAAUGGGCAACCUUCGCGGAGGGCUCUGGCCAAGGCACAGAAAAAAGCUCGCCAGGGAGCCAAUAAAGGCCGGAGGUUUGGAAAAGUACGAGAUGAAGUUGAGUUGUGUUGGAAGGUUGCCAAUGGGGCUAUCUGUGAUUUUGGAACCAGUUGCCGAUUCACCCAUGAUAUUGCCGAGUAUAUCAAGGAGAAGCCUCAGGAUUUGAGGAUACCGCUGCUUUCUGAGUUCAAGGAGAGUCCUCCUUAUGGACCAGACCUGACCGUUAUUGGGAAGCCUGGAAAGAAACACCCAAAUAUCGACUUUAGUACCAAGUGUCCAGUCCAUGAAGAGAGUGGGGAGUGCAGAUACGGAUACAAAUGUCGCUAUAUGGGUGGACAUGCCUUAGAGGAUGAGGAAGGGAACGUUACGCUGGUGGCGGACGAGGACAAGAAGGCGCAGGUUGCGUUGACCUCACAUGAAAUUAAUUUCGUUGGUGGUGAUGUUCAGAAGCAGCUGCGGUCCAAGAAGUACCCCACUCCAAUUGCCUCGGCGUACCUCGAAGAGCUGAAGUCGAUGAACGAUGAAGCUCAGAAACCUCAGGCUGUUGUCUCUGAGACCACCGUGAUGGAGACCGACGAGGCGCAACCUUCCUCGACUGACGCCGUGGCGAGCGAGGCAACUCAGAAUGGAACGGAACCAGCUCCUGCUGAAGAGGUCAUCUCGAAACGAGUUGGUGGUGUUCAAUCAGGCAAAGACGAACCCGAUGUUCCUAUGCGGUUCUCUGAGAAGAGGAGACUAGAUUGGAAAGGGAAAACAUAUCUGGCUCCGCUUACGACUGUCGGAAACCUUCCGUUCCGUCGCAUGUGUGUAAAACUGGGUGCCGAUAUAACCUGUGGCGAGAUGGGACUCGCUACCUCCUUCCUGGCAGGAUCAAAAGAAGAGUGGUCACUAGUGCGCCGACAUCCUAGCGAGAAGAUAUUCGGUAUCCAGGUUGCCGGCAACAAGCCCCAUACGCUGGUACCGACAGCAGAAGUGAUCGCAAAGGAGUUCCCUACCGGGGUUGACUUCGUGGACCUUAACUGUGGUUGUCCCAUCGACCUCGUAUUCAAAGCUGGAAGUGGAUCAGCUUUGCUCGACAAUGCUGGAAAACUAGGCAAAAUCAUCCAAGGAAUGAACCGCGCUCUUGGCGAAAUUCCCUUGACUGUAAAGAUCAGAACCGGGGUGAAAGAAGGAAGGAACAACGCUCAUAAACUGAUGCCUCGCAUUUCUGCUGAAUGGAGCGCUUCUGCCAUCACCCUUCAUGGAAGAACACGACAACAGCGAUAUACCAAACUAGCGGACUGGGACUACAUCAAGGAAUGUGUCGCAGCUGUGCGUGCACGGGAGGCUGAUGAAGAUCUCCCUCCCGUCCCAAUCUUCGGCGGAGGCGAUUGCUUCUCCUCGCAAGACUACUGGGAGAAAAUCAACAACUAUGGGGUCGAUGGGGUCAUGAUUGGAAGAGGCGCAUUAAUCAAGCCAUGGAUUUUCACUGAAAUUAAAGAGCGUCGGGAGUGGGAUAUCAGCGCAACAGAGCGGUUACAACUCAUUCGUGAUUACGUCGAAUACGGCCUGAACCACUUCGGUUCAGAUACUGCUGGCGUCAAUACGACGAGACGGUACCUCUGCGAAGCUCUUUCCUUCCAAUACCGAUAUGUUCCCAUCGGACUUUUGGAAAGACUUCCUGCCAAGAUCAACGAACGAGCACCCGCGUUCGUUGGUCGAAGCGAUCUUGAAACGCUGUUGGCAAGCCCGGAUAGCCAGGAUUGGGUCAAGAUUUCCGAAAUGUUCCUUGGACCUGCACCGCAGAGCUGGGUGUUUACUCCUAAACACAAGAGCAAUGCUUAUGGGAGUGAAGAAGGGCAAGGUUGA